AUGGAUCCGAACGUCCGCUAUCCCAACACCGAUAAUUAUCUCUUCGCCGUCCGCCUCACCACCCUUGUGCCUGCUAAGAAGUCUGUCCUUGGCAUACAGGUGUGCCAUCUGGGAAUGGACGCGAUCGUGGCCAGAAAGCUGCUACAGCUCUUCGACGCCUUGUACACCCACGGCGAAACUGCUCUUGACAGUUCCGAUCCAGACGUCAUUAUCCCGACGUUCUUCCCCGUCAGCGGUGUGGAGCCUUUGCCAGCGAGUAAACAGGAUUUGACCGACGAUGAGGUCUUUGGUUUCCCGAGUAAGCCCUUCCCGAAAUCCAUCCAGAGCUACGUCGCAGACGCCAUGACCUCGUCCAGGGUCGCUUUGCAGUUCACCAAGUCCGAGCUCCAGGCUCUCAGAAAUGUUGAAAGGUUGAAUAGGUUUCAUAUUGUAUACGUUCUCAAGCCAAACAUUGACGUUGUGCUGUAUGAUUCGGUGUGCGCUGAUGGGAAGCAUGUAGGGGUGCUGGUCCGCUCUAUCUGA